GUUAUUUUGUCAUUCCAGCUGUGCAUCCAUAUAAGGCCCCCGUUUUUGGAAGAGGAAAAACAGUCACAGAGUGGAAAAAUCAGAGCAGUGGCUUGGAGGAAGACUUGUGAAGACUGGAAAUAUGUUCUCCAAGUGGAAGUGGCUGAUUUUGAUCCAGCUCCUGCUAACUGAUCAAACCCUUUGCAGAGUUCCAUCGACAGUGCCCAAAACAAAGAAUCUGCUUCAAGAAACUUCACCUGGUGGCGAUGCUGAGGAGAUAAAGGAAAACUAUGCUCCCCUGGCUUCUAGUCCUCUGCCAGCUCUUUCUUUAACAGACAAACUUGAACCUAAGUUGACUCUUUCACAAGAUGCUGAGAAGGUCCUGUCUGCUCAACUCAUGACAUCGGCUCUCUCAGCUAAACUUCAGGACCACAUUCAGGACCGCCUCCACAUUCAUGGAAACAUCAGCUGUGAGGAGCUGCUGUCUGCCAGUGCCAUGGAUGAUCCGUUAUCAUCUGUAUUCCCUCAGGAACUAAUGGGCCUCUCCUUAGUGCCUGUCCUGGUGAUCUCAGGAUGCUCACAGGAAGCUCAAACCUUGGUUAUGAAGCUAUACGACCUGUUGGGAAAGGCUGAUACUGAGGAGCUUCUGAUGGAGUUGGUUGCACUCAUAGAUGAGAAGAUGAACAGGUCUAAAUUUAGACCAGUACCAACAUCUACAGCACUGCCUUCAGACAGAGAAGAAACAAACCAGCAUAUAGAUGGUUUGAUGUUUAAUGUUAAGCAGCUGGCUUUGGAAGGAGAUGGCGCCGUCAUAUCACAGGAGGGCCAUUGUGAGGGUUGGAAGAGGUUGAAUGGAACCAUGCUAUUGGGAAGUACUGUGAGAGGAGCUGCAGGACGACUGGAGGACGCCAUCAAAAGCUGUGAAAAACUUGGGGCCCUAUGUGCUGGUGUGACCAGUGGAGGGCCCCUCAUGCCUGGGUUCUACCAAGCAGUGUUGAAAAAAGGUAGCCGCAUCUUUCCAUCCGCCUCCCUUGAGGGUGAGUGCUGGAUCCGUCAGUGCAGCUCCCAGGAGGAACUUUUGAUUACCAGAUCGUUUAGUCAGCGGAUAAAGCGCAGCCCCCAGAGAAGCUGCAUCAACAAGGAGGAGGAGAAAGUGUACAGUGUAGUGGAGUGGAUACCUGUGGUCAGCACCUUCUACAACCUUGGCACAGCUGUGUACUAUGCCUCGGUCAACUGCUCUGCAACAGCCAAGGAGAGAGCAAUCCUCAGUGCUGUGGACCUCGGAACAGAUGCCCUGAUGGUUGCCACAGGCGGGACUGUUGGGGUGGCAGGCUACGCGCUGGGGGCAGGGGUGAAGACCGGUGUGAAAACUGGAGUCAAGUACCUUCUGAACUCCAUGAAAGCAGAGGAUGAUAUGUUGGUGAACCAGUCCAGCUCGGAGCGGGCCACCUUUACUGUAGAGUAGACUGGACAAACAAUAAGUAAACUUCAGACGCAUUUAAAAAUCUGAACAAUGUAGAAAUGCCCAAUCCUUACGCACAGUUGGUGCAAAAAUUUUCUAUGUAAAGAAAUAAUUACUUUUAACAAAAUAAUAUGUGGAAAGAUUGUUGGAAGUCAUACAGCCAAUAAUCUGGAUAACAGUAUUUCACUAGAUUUAAUGCUUUGCUGUAAGAUUUCACAAAGUUGGACUCUACAGAGAAAUUGAUCUUUGACCGUUUUUUCUUUAGGGCAUAUAAUUAUAAAAUCUUACGUCUUGGCACAAGACUGGAUAAUGCAAGGAUAUCUAACCAGGCUUUAUCACGAGAACAGGAUGAUAGCAUCAUCAUCAACAUUUACUUGAUAUUAGAAAUGAGGUCUACAUAUUUAUUCUUUUGUUCAUGUAAAAUCAACUUUUCUUGUCAAAAGAAACAGUUCCAGUUAAAGUCCUGGUAGAACUGACCAAACUCCAAAUGUUCUUGUUUAUGUGAGUUAUGAAGAAUCAGUGACCAUGGUAAUAGGUUACCAGUAAGUUGUUACCAGAAACUUGGAUGAAAAAGGAAAGCAUUAAAACUAAAAUGUGUUAGCUACAUUUAUUUUAGAGGGAUUUAUAGAUACCAAUAGCCACGAGUAUAGCAAUUUUUCUCCCAUUCUAGAUAAAUAUACUAUAAUACUAUUAUUUAAUAGUAAUACUAGCAAUAGUAGUAAGGUUAGAUUUUUCUGAAAAUAUCCUUAUUAAAUUAAAAGAUUAGAUUAUUUUAAUAUUGAUACACAUCUGUUUCAGGGGUUCAUGCAAAUGUUUCUACAUCUGUAAGUCUUUUGAAAAAUGUUAUAAAUGCAUUUAUAAACAAUUUUAGUAAAUUAUCACUACAUGCUUAUAAUAAUAUUUUCUAAGUUAGACAUUAGAUAACUCAGUAAAAGAAAUUACAAUAAUUUUUUCUUGAGAAUUUGUUUAUUUUUUGUAAAGUUUGGGUGGUAGAUUAUAAGACAAUAUAGAACUAGUGACUUUCUUUUCAAGAGAUUUUGAUUAGAGAAAAAACUGAUCUCAGGAAGUUAAACCUGCAAUUCCUCAACCUUUGAUUUCGACUGUCUUCCUUAGAUCAUCAGCUGUGAUGUAAGUGCAAGGAAAGUAAACUGAUGAAUAUAUUGUUAUGAUUUGUAAGAUUUUUAAAUGUUAAUGAUUUGUAUGUUAAGUUUAUUUUCACAUUUAGUCCUCUCCAUUUCAGGUUCGCAUUAUAUAUUCUUUGUUCUCAAAAGGAUUGAGUUAUCUAUUGUGCAUUUUUUUUUUUCUGAUAGAUAUUCUUUCCAUUUACAAGUCAAACCUUUUGUGAGUAUAUCAUUCAAUAAAACUCAAUUAACUCGGGGAAAAUAAUUGUU